UCACGGAGCUGGGACCUUACCACCUCUCUCUCUCUCUCUCCCUGGCCGUCAGCGGACCCCUUUCUCUGCACACGUCUUUCUCUGAAAUGUGUGUGUGCGUGAAAGAGAGAGGAGGAAUAAAGUGUGUGUGUGCGUGUGAGGGUGCAAGUCCGGAGCAAGUAAAGGCAGGGGGAUUAUUCGGCGCAAUCGAAAUAUUUCAACACGUCGCCCUCGCUGCAGGACUGAAGCCAAUAAGAAGGAACGCAUUUUAACAGGAAUGCCGAUAUUGUAAACAGCAGCAGAAGAGAAAGAAUGCACUGCAGUCAAUUAAGUGACUCACCCAAGUUGGUUUAAUUCGCCUAAUGUCCGCAAGCCAGCGAGACACAGAAAGGGUGUCCGAUGCGCGUCAAGCUCUGAAGAAAAUCGGUCUCGCAGCACUUGUGAAGAAGAAUGGACAACAUUUUUACAGUUCUACUUCCAUACUGUUGAUCAUAACGCUUUCCUGACAACUUGUGAACAAUAAGUGGAUGCUUAUUUCUGCAGAGCUGAAGGAGACAUUUCCCAAACUUUUCAACUUAAACUUAAUUUGUGCUCCUUUUUUAUUUUGUCUCCAUUUGCAAUAGCCUACGCUUGUUCGCUCGUUCACUGUUGGUAGAAAUAUUGUUCUAUCGUCAACAGUUUUAGACUGCUCUUGGAUGAACUUCCUGAUGAGAGAUCCAGUCAUACAGGGAUCAAGUAUGGCAUAUCAUCCCUUUAUGCCUCACCGGGGUCCGGAAUUUGCCAUGAGUGCAAUGCUGGGUCACCAGCCUCCUUUCUUCCCGGCUCUGGCUCUCCAGCACGGCGGCUCCCUCUCCCUGCCGGGCGGCCUGGGAAAGCCGAUCAUGGACCAGCUGAUGGGAGCCGCGGAGUCCGGCCUACACUUCUCUUCGCUGGGGCACCAGGCUGCGGCCGCACACCUCCGGCCUAUGAAGACCCUGGAGCCCGAAGAAGAGGUGGAAGACGACCCUAAGGUUCACCUAGAAGCCAAGGAGCUUUGGGAACUCUUCCACAAGAGAGGCACCGAGAUGGUGAUCACAAAAUCCGGAAGGCGAAUGUUCCCCCCGUUCAAAGUGAGGUGCACUGGUCUGGACAAAAAGGCCAAAUAUAUUCUCUUGAUGGACAUUGUUGCAGCCGACGACUGCAGAUAUAAAUUUCAUAACUCCCGCUGGAUGGUAGCAGGGAAGGCCGACCCCGAAAUGCCAAAGAGGAUGUACAUUCACCCGGACAGUCCGGCUACUGGUGAACAGUGGAUGUCUAAAGUCGUCAAUUUUCACAAACUCAAGUUGACUAACAACAUUUCCGACAAGCACGGAUUUGUAAGUUCAACUAAUACCAUACUCAACUCCAUGCACAAAUAUCAGCCUCGAUUUCACAUUGUGAGGGCAAACGAUAUUCUCAAACUACCGUACAGUACCUUCAGGACAUACGUUUUUCCUGAAACUGAUUUCAUUGCAGUGACUGCUUAUCAAAAUGACAAGAUCACCCAGCUGAAAAUUGAUCACAAUCCAUUUGCCAAAGGAUUCCGUGACACGGGCAAUGGGAGACGGGAAAAGAGGAAACAGCUGGCUCUGCAAUCCAUGCGUUCAUACGAGGAGCAGCAGAAAAAGGAGAACGGGGCUUCAGACGACUCCUCCGGAGAGCAGGCUUCCUUUAAGUGCUUCGGCCAGGCCUCCUCCCCUGCCGUUUCUACCGCGGGCCCCCCACACCUGAAAGAUUUCUGCGACAGCGAUGAGGACAGCGACGAUGAGAGCAAAGAUGGACACAUCAAAGAUGCUCCGGACUCCAACAAGAUUUCCACGACUACCAAGGAUGGGAAGGAUCAUGAGGCGAGCCCAGCUAAGGGGCACACCUUUAGCAAAACUGACUCUAGCAGCAGGAGCCGUGACAGUGGUCCCAGGACAGAGAAAAGCCAGGCAGACUCGCGGCAAAGCCCCAUCACCGUCAUCUCCAGCACCACCCGCUCUGGAGAAGAUCUCAAAAGCCCGAGUCUGGAACAGCCUAAAACGGACGAGUGCAGGUCAAUAGGCAAAGACAGUUUCAUGCCUUUGACUGUUCAGACUGAAAGCCCGCACAUGGCCCACAGCCACUUUCCUAAUUUCGGAUUUCCAACAGGACAACAGUUUUUCAAUCACCUUGGGAGUGCGCAUCCGUUUCUCUUGCACCCAAGUCAGUUCAACAUGGGAGGUGCAUUCUCAAACAUGGCCGCGGGCAUGGGGCCACUUUUGGCGGCUGUGUCAACGGGAGGGGUGAGCACCAUGGACACAGCUAGCAUGGCAUCACCUUCGCAAAGCUUGACGGGAGCGCCAGGCCUGCCCUUUCAUCUGCAGCAACAUGUCUUGGCAUCGCAGGGCCUUGCCAUGUCUCCGUUUGGAGGUUUGUUCCCCUAUCCGUACACGUACAUGGCUGCAGCCGCGGCAGCCUCCUCUGCUGCGGUGCACCGGCACCCGUUCCUGAACGCAGUGCGUCCCCGACUCAGGUACAGCCCUUACUCUAUCCCCAUGACGGUACCGGACAGCACCCUGCUCACCAUGCCCUCCAUGGCCGGCGGCGGAACCGAGCUGAAAGGAGAUGGCCUGGUCCCGGCCAGCCCCGUGUCUGGUAUCACCCUGGAUUCCACAUCAGAGGUGACCAGCCACUCAUCCGGCAUUUCCUCCGGCUCGGUAUCCAUGUCCCCAAAAACUUGCACGGAGAAAGACGCAGCCAGCGAGCUGCAGAGCAUCCAGCGCCUGGUCAGCGGACUGGAAUCAAAUCAGGACAGGCCACGGAGCGGAUCCCCAUAGUUUUUUUAUUUGUAUUUUUUUUUUUUUUUAAACACACCACCUGCUUCUCGUUUCGUUAUUGUCAUGAAAAGGUGAAAGUGUUGACGGUGAUGAAGACAUUGUAGGCCACCCUUGUAGAUUCAUGCAGGUUUU